UGAGACGGGUUGAUAAUGGCGAAGCCCAAAGGCUAACCGCCUGCGGCGACAUGUCAAUGAUGAGAAGACUGUCUGUCUUUCCGUUUGACUUCGUCUGUCUGCACGAGGGGCGGCGAGGCGCGGGCAGUCGUAACGGAAGCCGGCGCUGCACGUUCACGCGGAGCUCCUGGCUGAGACCAUUCGCACGAGGAGAAGAAAGCAGAGGAACUCUGACAGCCAAGCGAGCUCCACUCCCCCACCCGCUGUAAACCCACCGAAUCUCCAGCAACGAUGCGCCCGCCUCGCAGCUUUCCAAAGCUUCUGGAGAAUUAUCUUCACUGCAUGUGACUUUUUAUUGUGUGGAUAAUUUCGGAUGGACCUCGAUGAAUUUGGUGACCUAGCUUAAAGUAAAAAAAAAAAGAAGAAAUAAUAAUUAAAAAAGCUGUUGUGCUUGUUGUUACUUCUGAAAUACACAAUACUUUUUUUAUCGAGUCAUGUCUUACCCAGAGCGAUGGGCAAGAUCGAUGACAACGAGAGGAUAAUCCUCAACGUUGGGGGAACGAGGCACGAAACGUAUCGCACCACGCUGAAGACCCUGCCGGGCACACGACUGGCUCUCCUCGCCUCCGAGGCAGACACGGAGUCGGUGCUGGAUCAGCUGCAACAAGUCCCCGGGUUCAUCGAGUACAACCCGAAGAACAACGAGUACUUUUUCGACCGCCACCCGGGCGUUUUCGCCUAUGUCCUCAACUACUACAGAACCGGGAAACUUCACUGCCCGGCAGAUGUCUGCGGUCCUCUGUUCGAGGAAGAGUUGUCUUUCUGGGGCAUCGAUGAGACGGACGUGGAGCCCUGCUGCUGGAUGACCUACCGGCAGCACAGAGACGCCGAGGAGGCUCUCGAUGUGUUUGACAUAAACGUGGACAACGGAGAGGGCGACGAGGACGAGAUCGGUAAAAGGCUCGGCAUAGAGGACGUGGUGUCAGCUGACGGCAGUAUCAGCCGUUGGAAAAAGUGGCAGCCAGUGAUUUGGAAUCUAUUUGAAGAUCCCUAUUCAUCCCGAGCCGCACGGUUUGUGGCCUUCGCGUCGCUGUUCUUCAUCCUGGUGUCCAUCACCACCUUCUGCCUGGAGACGCACGAGGCCUUCAACACCAUCAUCAACAAGACGGAGCCGGUGCACAACGCCAGCCUGCCGCCCCCCGAGCUGCACUACGAGAUCGAGACGGACCCCGCGCUCACCUACGUGGAGGGCGUCUGCGUCUUCUGGUUCACCAUCGAGUUCCUGGUGCGCGUCACCUUCAGCCCCGACAAGCUGGAGUUCGUGAAGAGCGUGCUGAACAUCAUCGACUUCGUGGCCAUCCUGCCCUUCUACCUGGAGGUGGGGCUGAGCGGCCUGUCCUCCAAGGCCGCCAAGGACGUGCUGGGCUUCCUGCGCGUGGUGCGCUUCGUCCGCAUCCUGCGCAUCUUCAAGCUGACCCGGCACUUCGUGGGCCUCCGCGUCCUGGGCCACACGCUGCGCGCCAGCACCAACGAGUUCUUCCUCCUCAUCAUCUUCCUCGCCCUGGGCGUGCUGAUCUUCGCCACCAUGAUCUACUACGCCGAGCGCAUCGGCGCCAGCCCCACCGACCCCACCGCCAGCCACCACACGCAGUUCAAGAACAUCCCCAUCGGGUUCUGGUGGGCCGUGGUCACCAUGACCACCCUGGGCUACGGGGACAUGUACCCGCGGACCUGGUCGGGCAUGCUGGUGGGCGCCCUCUGCGCCCUGGCGGGGGUCCUGACCAUCGCCAUGCCCGUGCCCGUCAUCGUCAACAACUUCGGGAUGUACUACUCGCUGGCCAUGGCCAAGCAGAAGCUGCCCAAGAAGAGGAAGAAGCACAUCCCCCAGGGGCCCCUGGCCGGCUCCCCCUCGCUCUGCAAGCCCGAGGUCAACGCCGCCUGCAACAGCAGCCCCGGGGAGCCCUGCCUCAGCCCCGCAGGGCUACCCAUGGAGCACCACCGCUCAGUGCUGUCGGCCGACUGCGCAGGAAGUGACCUCACCAGCUCGCCCGAGGAGCGCCUUCCCAUGCGGCGCUCCAGCACCCGCGACAGGAACCAGAGGGGCGGAGCCACCUGCUUCCUGCUGGCGGCCAGCGACUACAGCUGCCCCGCCGACGGGGGCAUCCGGAAAUCAGAGAACUGCAAAGAGGUUGUGUUUACGGGUUACACACAAGCAGACAGCAGCGCUCUGUCUUAAAGACCGGGGGGGGGGAGGCCCAGAAGAGGACGAAAAGGUAACUCUGUCGUUCCGACUCUCCAUCUCCACACACGCCCUGCCAUGCUC